AUGAAAAACCCCUCAUCUUUCCUGCCGUCGGGAAAAAACAGGGCGUCAGUCUAUCGUGAUGACAUUUCGCGUCUGGAAGAAGGCGAGUACCUGAACGACAAUCUCAUCGGGUUCUACUUGCGCUAUCUCCAGGUCAACCUGGAACGAGAGAACAACGGGUCGGGCAUAAACUACGACGGUGUCAAAUCAUGGACGGCAAAGAUUGACUUAUUCUCGUUCGACUACAUCGUCGUACCAGUCAACGAGAGCGCCCACUGGUAUCUGGCAAUUAUAUGCAACCCAGCUAAGCUCCUGCAUAAAACUGCGCAGCCCAAAGAUGAGAAGGUGGAGCCGACAGAGGACCCUGAGGACAAUAACAACGGAGGACUCAAGGAGCUGUCAGCAGGAGAGGGAUUGGUCUCCACCGUUGGCGAACAAGUCGAACAAAUGAGCCUAGAAGAGGUCAAGCAAGAAGAAGUGCAGCCGAAGGAGGAAGAACAGAAGGCUGAAACGGGUCUCAGAACGUUGUCGAAUAAGCAGCGACCGUCUCGGAAGGUCACAGGAAACCUAGCUCGAAAGCAGGAUCCCAGUGAAGCCAGGGUUAUUACCCUCGACUCGUUGGGCGUUGGGCAUUCCCCUACUUGUGGCAACCUCAAAUCGUAUCUCGUUCGAGAAGCGAAAGACAAGAGGAAUUUGGAAGUCGAGCCACCUGGCACCUUUGGCAUGACGGCAAAAGGAAUCCCUGAGCAGGAAGACCAUGCAAGCUGUGGUGCUUUUCUCCUCGGUUACAUGCGAGAAUUCCUUAAGGACCCGGACGGCGUGGUGGCUAAGCUGGUUCGUAAGGAGGCACCACGCUGGGACAUUACGUCUCCUGCGAUGCGAAGCGAACUCCGUAACAUUAUCAUCGAAAAGCGCAAGGAACAGAACGCGCUAGCGGCAGAAAAGAAGGCCAAGCGAAAGUCGAAUGUCCCAGCACUCGCCACCAGCAAGUCGCCGGAGAAGCGACAAGAAGCAGAGUCGGCUACGCCGAGGACUUCCCAACCGGUGCUUGACGCGCCAAAGAACCCGUCAUCCACCGUCAAAGGAUCCCCAGCGAUUGCUCGUCUGCCUCUGGACAAUCGCAGCAGCCCGCCUGCAAAGAAUGAUGACAAUACCGCGGCCGCACAUAUGCCGGUGGCUGAGCCUCCCAUAGGAGCUAAGCCUGCUACAGGGGAUGGACCUCUCAACGCCGUGGAGCCUCUUCUGCAAACUGAAGUUGUCAGAUCGACAAAUGCCGUUGCUGCAUUGAGCGAGGACAACGGAUUAUUGGAACCCCUGAAACAGAGUUCUGAAGGACCAAGAACGCCGGUCCCUGUGCAGUCACACACUGACACCUCAACACCAGUUCGCCUGAGGACGAGUCCUCGUCAUACCAAAGGCAAGCCUGCCAAUGAUGAUGGUGUGUCUAGGAUGUUGUCGCCUCUUGUUUCUUCGCCAGCCAAGCCUACCAGCGAGAAGAAAUUGGCUUCCAAAGGUACCAAAAGAAAACUUAGUAACAGCGAGAUCCUUUUGUGCCGACUGUCUUCCUCGCCGUCGAAGUCUAGCCGUAAGAAUGAGCCAGUCACGGACCGCUCCAAGAAGAGCAUCUCUCCAAGCCAGCAACUGCUUGGCGAAAUGCGUUCUUCAUCCGAGUCGAUGGGACAACACAACUUAGCAUCGCAAAAUAGCGAGAAAGUUGUCAAGGAACAGGAGAGCAUCGUGAUCGAGGACGAGGCGCCUCCAAAGCCAUCACCGCGAACGAUGACGAAUGGGCCUACUAAGACGAGCCAUUACUUCUCAGCGAAAGUACCCUCUGGAAUUAGUUCAUCACCGCCGUCAGAUCCAAAAGCAGAGAAAAGGCACUCCAUGAAGGAUGACGGGAAGGCGAUACCAAGCAUUGAGGGACCCUCCGAGACAGUGGAUCUCACCAAAUAA